UCAAAACAGUGCUUGAACAUGGAUCUUUUCGAGCUUCAAGCUGUAGCCUUGCGCGACACGCCCUACGUAGAUUCUAUCUAAUUCAACAAAUACAGACACCAUGGCCGACGCAAAGAUACAAGAACUCCUCACGAAGGACCGCGACAAGCUCACGGAGUACGAGAUUGCGCAGCUUGAGGAGCACGAGUUCUCGGCCGGACCUCUGUCGAUUCUGCAAACCGCUGUUCGCUCACAUACCCAAGUCCUGAUCUCCGUCCGCAACAAUCGCAAACUGCUGGCGCGCGUCAAGGCGUUCGACCGACACUGCAACAUGGUGCUGGAGAAUGUGAAGGAGAUGUGGACAGAGACACCGAGGUUGGCCGACGGAAAGAAGGGAAGGCCUGUCAACAAGGACCGUUUCAUCAGCAAAAUGUUUCUAAGAGGCGAUAGCGUCAUCCUUGUGCUACUCAGCUGAUUGCGACGCUCAAUAAAAGAUCACGAACAGGUUGGGGAGAGGGAAACACAUGUGGCUCUCGCGCUUGAGCUAUGGUUGCAAGGGACUUCAGGCGUUGGUUGUGAUUAUUCCAAUGAAAACUGCAUUUACUCUGAG